GGUGUGGUUUCCUUUUUGUUGAUUUUAGUGGUAUAGAAUUGCUAUAGUCUCAUCUCAUCUUUCCUUCUCUCACCAACUCCAUCAUUAACAUCAUCAUCAUCAUCAUCAUCAACAACAACAACAACAACAACAACAACAACAACAAUGAAUUAUUACACUUCCCACUCAUCUUCAUCUUCUUCUUCAUCUUCUACUCCUCUUCUCCUCUUUCCCUUUCCCAAAACCCUACCUUUAUUAACCCACAAAUCUCUUGUAACAUAAAAUGGAUGAGCAACUUUACCAAGUUAGAGGAGAAGGCCUGCACCCAAGAUCAUCAAACACAUGUAUAACAAGUUCACUUGUGUUAGUUGCACCACCCUCCCCUACUAUUACUACCAGUCACUCCUCCUCUCUCUAUGCCCACCCCUUCCUCAACCACCAAAGCACCAAGCACUUGUCUCAAUCCUCCAUUAAUGGCGAUUCUCUCAAGGCCAGGAUCAUCUCCCACCCCCAGUAUACAAAUCUCGUUGCUGCGUACUUAGAUUGCAAAAAGGUGGGUUGUCCGCCAGAAGCGGUGGAGCAGCUCACGGCCGCUGCCGGAGAUGUUGCGGCGAGGCAUUGGGCUAUGCUGAGCCAUCCAGAUGCGCCACCCCCGUCGCCGCCGCCGCCCGUAGACCCAGAGCUUGAUCAAUUCAUGGAGGCGUAUUACCAACUGCUUGUGAACUAUAAGGAAGAGUUCACCAGACCACUCAACGAGGCAACUGAGUUCCUAAGAAGGGCCGAGUCACAGCUCAACUCACUCACCGAUGAACCCGUUCGCUCAUUCUCCGCAGAUGAUGGUGAAGAAAGAAGCAACAGCAUUGAUACGGGAGCUCCUGAGAUCGACCCGCGUGCCGAAGAUAGAGAGCUAAGAAGCCAUCUUCUUAAGAAGUACGGCGGGUACUUGAGUAGCCUUCGGCAGGAGCUGUCGAAGAAGAAGAAGAAAGGGAAGCUUCCGAAAGAAGCUCGCCAGAAGCUCCUAACUUGGUGGGAGAUUCACUCCACAUGGCCAUAUCCUUCUGAAAUGGAGAAGGCGGCUCUAGCGCAGUCGACCGGCCUCGAUCAGAAGCAGAUCAACAACUGGUUUAUUAAUCAGAGGAAGCGCCAUUGGAAGCCGUUGGAGGAGAUGCAGUUCAUCGCGUGGGACGGUAAUAAUUACCACCUGCAAGCGGAAUUCUACAUGCACGGCCAUUUCAUGAGCAACGCGCAGGCGAUAGAUGUGACCAAGAAGCGCUGAAGCUCUACAUACCGUUGCAUGGCUUUUCGAGGUCAUGUAAUUCUACUUUUGGGUCUUUAUGUUAUGGUGUUAAGUGUAUUUCAGUUCCAUAUAGCGUGCCGUUUUGAUGUUCUCACUAAGCUUUUCAUAUAGUUUAUUUGUAUACUUGCAUAAGCUUUAGAUACUUAGAUAGUUGCUAACACCAUAUUGUUAAUGGACUGAGACUAUCUAGUGUCCCAGGUUGUGCUUUUUGACUACAUAUUUAAGAAACUACUGUGUCUUGGAAACAAACUGGGUAUACGAUCAAUCGAUGAAGGCGCUGAUAUUCAGAUAUAGCGACAAUUUUUGAUAGGUGCAGAGCAACUUUAUCUUAUAUAUUGAUUAUGCUGCUCCAAAAGUAGUGAAUAUAUUAUAGGUACUACUUAUCAUAUUUUAAAGCUUUGUCGAUUACGAAUCAGUAAUUGAUCUGUAAAUAUUAGCUUCUAUA